CUCGCGCUCAGUCGAUAUGGAGUUGUUGCUGAAGCUGGUCGCAUUCAUCCUGCGCGUGGUCAACCUCGUGCUCGAACCGAUCCUGGCGAGGUUGGGAGGACCACCACGGACCGAACCGUUUCCGGUGAUCCAGAACGAGCUGCUGCUCGUACCGGCUACAGAACUCGCGGAAAGGAUACGCCAACGUACCGUCCGCUCGGUGGACGUGGUUCGAGCGUACGUGUUGCGGAUUCGAGAGGUGAAUCCGCUCAUCAACGCGGUUGUGGAGGAACGCUUUGAAGCUGCACUUGCGGAUGCAGUUGCGGCAGAUGAACGCGUGGCGGUUUGUGCUGGUGAUGAGGAUGCCCUUAAGAAGCUGGCGAAAACCAGCCCAUUGUUGGGUGUACCGAUUACGGUGAAGGAGAGCUGUUCGCUGCAGGGCCUAGCGUUGAGUGGUGGAGUGGUACAUCGACAGAACCUGACGGCUGAACAGGAUGGAGAGACUGUCGGUCUGUUGAGGGCUGCUGGAGCUAUCCCGCUGUUAGUGUCCAACACACCUGAGUACUGUAUGGCGUUUGAAUCGUACAACAACGUGACGGGUCGGACACGCAAUCCGUAUGAUCCACGACGCACCCCAGCCGGGUCUUCUGGUGGGGAAGGAGCGUUAAUCGGGGCAGGAGCCUCUGUGUGUGGGGUUGGAAGCGAUCUAGGUGGGUCGAUCCGCAUUCCGGCGCUUUUCUGCGGAAUCUUCGGCCACAAACCCUCGGCAGGGAUCGUCUCCAUCAAGGGACACAUGCCCGUCUGCAGCGAUGCCCAUUUCGAUCAGUUUCUUUCGCUUGGGCCCAUGUGCCGGUACGCAACGGAUCUACCACUGCUGCUGGAUGUCAUGAGCGGACCGAACGCCUCCAAGUUGCGCCUUAGCGAACCGGUUGAUGUGGACAAGGUGAAGAUCUACUACCCGCAAAAGCUGGAUCUGACCAUAAAUGCCGUCCCGAUUGCACCGGAAAUUCGCGAAGCACUCCGGAGUGCCGUGAAACACUUCCAGAAUAAGGGCACCUACUCGGAACCACUGAACUUCCGGUACUUCUGCGACAGCAUGCAGAUCGCUUCGACCUCACUGCAAACGCUGAAGGAUGUGCCGAGCGUGUUCAAGACGAACAAACCGAACCUCCUGUGGGAACUGGUGAAGGUGAUGAUGGGUCAAUCCGAGCACACGUUUGCGGUAAUCUUCAUGUAUCUGCUGUCCGCGUCGAAGGCAACCGUGACUGAGCAACAUCGGGCCCGGUACAUGCGGAUGGCCGCUGAGCUGAAGAAGGACUUCACCGAUAAAUUGGCCACCGAUGGCGUGUUUCUGAUGCCUUCCUUCCCGAAGCCGGCGUUGCGCCAUUACGAAUCGUUCGGUCACGUCACCGGGUUUAUGUACACGAUGAUCAUGAAUGCUCUUGGUCUGCCUGCGACUCAGGUACCGCUUGGAUUUAACCGUGACGGGCUGCCCGUGGGCAUCCAGGUGGUGGCCGGACCGAACCAGGACCGUCUAUGCAUUGCGGUGGCUCGAGAGUUGGAGAAGGCGUUUGGUGGUUGGCAGCCACCGAAGUAACCGACUGGUACUAAGCAUCCCCCUACUCAAUAGCGGACGCAAUAGUGUUGUAGCGAGCUGAAGGGAGAAAACUGACAUUCGACACCGGGCGUUUGCCUUCGUCCGGAACAUUCCAGCUGUCCCGACUCGGUACUAGUGUGCAUGCGUAUGCCCACGCACUAUGUGUGCGAGGAGACGUUGUUCUGUACGAUUAAAUAGAGGUUAUACUCGUAAAUAAAUU